CUAGUCAUCGAUGUCGUAUCACCAUUUUACAAUGAUCCACCUUCACCAAAUUGCCCUCCUGGUAAAUCAUGCCCGAAUCUUUGGACAUAUGAAGUGGUAGAAAUUUUCUUCUUGGGAAAGAAUAACCAUUACCUGGAAGUAGAGCUUUGUCCUCAUGGGCAAUAUCUACUUUUAAUGCUCUCCGACUACAGAAAGCCUUUCAAGGAUGGCCUCGAAAUUGAAUUUAAGGCAAAAGUAGAUGAUAGUAAGUGGAAAGGUCGCGCUUGGAUACCACUUGAAUAUCUACCACCAGGUGUUUAUAAGGCCAAUGCUUAUGCCAUUCAUGGCUCUGGCGAUAGCACCCAAUAUGAGGCAGCUUAUCCAGCUAAUAAAAGCCAGUGCAAAGAACCUGAUUUUCAUCGUUUGGAGUUUUUCAAGGAUAUCAACUUAAAAUCGAUCAUUGGCCAAGAUUUAGAUACACCUUCUUCU